AUGAGGACACUCGUAUCGUCUCUGGGUGUCGACGGAGAAGCGGCGUAUAAGCUAAUCCCAAAUGUCGAGUUGUUCUGCCUGGCGGACGCUAUCAUCACCUGUCCGCCCGUACCGAAGAACGUCCAAGCCGCGCGAUGGGCGAAGUUACGGGUCGACUUUUUGCACCAGCGGCUAUUAUCAGAGUUCGCGCCGUCACUGCAGACAUCACUAUACGGGGACCUGGCAGAGCUUGAGGAGGAGCUCCUGCGUAGAGAACCCACAACUGAGAACUUGGACAUCCGUACUACCUUCUUACUGGAACGAGCCGCCAUCCACACCCAUCACGGCUUCGAUAAGAAGGCACGGGCGGAUCUGGAGCAAGCAGCAAGUGAGCGACGCUUCCAGUAUGCAUUGACAGGCCUUCUCGGGAAGAGGACCAGAUAUCAAGAGAAAGAUAUUAGCCAGCUAGUAGUGUUGGCCCGAAGCGCCGAUGCAGCGGACGGACAGACCAAUGGCAGUUCGGUUGACUAUGAGACCAAAGGUCAGGCGACAACUGAUGCCUCGCCAGAUUGCGAUGCACCUGCGCCAGCGCGGCCACAGAACCUCGACUUGAACGACGAUACUCUGCUAGAAUCGAUCUCUUUCUCCAAAAGAUCUGAGACUUCCACCGACAUACAGAGUGAAUCCACAUUACCUCCCUCACUGUCAUCCGUCGAUCCUUCGAACCAGCCCAUGCUCGAUCCGUUGGACUCGGCCAUCCUGCUAUCCCUGGCGUCCUCAAUCACCAACACAUCCCCAGCUCAUGGCUUGACCCGGGAGGAGACUCUGCCAUACGCUACGCGCGUGUUGGAAGGUGGCAGCUCCAACUGGCAGGUCUAUACCCAAGCGCUGCUCGUCCGCAGCCGUAUCGAGGGCUACAGAUCCCGCACCAUCGAGCGUGGCCUUCUCCAGCUCCAAGCGUUGGUCGACCAAGUUAUCGCCGAAACCACUCCGGAGAACUCGUCCUCGAAAUCCGAGAACUCUGCAACCGCAACCACAUUCCUCCCAAAAGCCAAGGAGUCAGAAUCCGCCUCGGUCAGCGAACGGCUACGCUAUGUCUUUGCGUUGAAUUCACCGACGCGCUGGGAACUCGAAUCUGAGCUGGCGUCUCGUUGGGUGUCGCUAGGCGGUCUGCGCUCUGCACUCGAGAUAUACGAGCGGCUCGAGAUGUGGGCUGAGGCAGCGCUGUGCUGGGCCGCUACCGAGCGCGAAGACAAAGCUAAGAAGAUAAUCCGGAGGCAACUGUUCCACUCCGCCGCUGGAGACGACGAAGCCGUCGACCCCGAAGCAGAGGACUGGAACGGUAAGCCAAGGGACCCGCCACCUGCAGAUGCGCCCCGCCUUUACUGCAUCCUUGGUGAUAUCGGCCAUGAUCCCGCCAUGUACGAGAAAGCCUGGGAAGUCUCUAACAACCGCUACGCUCGUGCCCAGAGAUCCCUUGGCCGGCACUACUUCGCCAUCAAGGACUAUGCCAAAGCCGCUCAUGCCUACGGCAAAUCUCUCACAGUGAACAGUCUGAACCAUUCCUCCUGGUUCGCCCUUGGCUGCGCCCUCCUCGAACUCCAGCAGUUCCCUCGGGCCGUCGAGGCUUUCACCCGCGCCGUCCAGCUCGACGAUACCGAUGCGGAAGCGUGGAGCAACCUCGCAGCAGCGCUUCUGAACCUGGAGCCCCCUUCCCCCUCUACUGAAACCACAGCGCCAGAUUCUACGCUCGACGACGAAGACGAAGACGCUCCAUAUACCUUGGCAGAGAGGAGCAUAGACCCCCAACAACACACCCGCGACGCCCUCGCAGCCCUCAAGCGCGCCGCAGCACUCAGCUACGACAACUACCGCAUCUGGUUCAACUUCCUCACCGUCGCGGCCACUCUCUCCCCGCCCUCCUACGCCGACAUCGUGCGCGCCCAGAAACGCAUCAUCGACCUGCGCGGCAACACCGACGGCGAGAAAGGCGUCGAUGCCUCCAUUUUAGAUAACCUCGUCCGCCACAUCAUCGCUGAGUCCGGCGGCGUUUAUGAUGAGAAUAAACGGGGCAUCCAGCGCAUGGUUAUCGAGCUGGUGGAAAAGGACAUGGUUCCGCUAAUCACGAGUAGCAGGCGUCUCUGGCAGAUCGUCGCGCGCCUGCAGCUCUGGCGGAACAAGCCCGCUGCGGCGCUUGAGGCGCAUGAGAAGGCGUGGCGCACCGUGACGAAUCAGCCCGGAUGGGAGUCGGGGAGUGAGAAGGCGUGGGAGGAGGUGGUGGACGCGACGGUCGAGCUGGUGGAUGUGUAUGAGAGUCUGGGACCAAGGGAGAGGACCGAGGGGUUGGCUGCGGGAAGUGGGGAGGUGGUGGCGAGGGAUUGGAGGUUUAAGGCUAGGAGUGCAGUUAGGGGGAUUAAGAGUCGGGGGAGAGAUCGGUGGGAGGGGAGUAAGGGGUGGGAGAAGUUGGAGGCGGCGCUGGAGGGGCUGAAAGGGUAG